CGCGGCAGGCUGCGCGAUUUAUAAAAUUCUUACCAAAUGCUUUCGGGACACAAAUCUAUAAUCGUCGCCCCAUGUAAAAAUGUCAGCAAUACCUAGUGCACCGGAAAAAAUUGAAAAUAAAAUGGACAAUAAUGAUAAUGUAAAUACACGAACUGAAACUGGUGAAAAUAAUAAAUUACAUAAUGAUAAAAAAAAGAAAACUGAUCCAAACAGUGUAAGCACAGUGAUAAAAGUAAAAAGUGUGAUUCCUAGACGAAGACAAGAUCUGCUGAAAUGGCAUGGCUGGGGCUACAACGACUCCAAGUUCACCGUCGACUACAAGAAAGAAAUGAUUACGUUUACAGGAAACAGAUACGCGAUAGGCGGCAAGUUCCUGCCCAACUUCAUUCCCUUCGUGCUGGAGUACUUCGACAUCGACCUGAACAAGGAGCGCUCGUGCCCGCGCAACGUGCAGCCACAGCUGCCGAAGAGUUACCACCCGAGCCGACUGCCUGCCAACAUCAAGGAGGAGCUCGAGAAAAUAGCGCCAGUGAGCGUGGAGGGGCUGGACCGGUUCGUGCGCGCGCACGGGCAGACCCUGCGAGACAUCGCGCAGGUCCGCGCCAACAGCUUCAAGAGGAUCCCCGACGCCGUGGUGUGGCCCACGAGUCAUGAUGAGGUGGAAGCGAUAGUCCGUCUCGCCUGCAAGCACAACCUGGUGAUCAUCCCGUACGGCGGCGGCACGUCAGUCUCCGGCGCCAUAACUUGCCCGGCGCGCGAGCCCCGGCCCAUUCUAGCGCUCGACACCAGCGGCAUGAACUCCAUACUGUGGAUCGACAAGGAGCAGCUGCUGGCCCGGAUCCAGGCAGGAAUAGUUGGCCAAGACCUGGAGCGCGAGAUGCGAGCCCGAGGCUUCACUGUCGGCCACGAGCCCGACUCCUACGAGUUCUCCACACUAGGCGGCUGGGUCGCCACCCGAGCCAGUGGCAUGAAGAAAAACACUUACGGAAACAUAGAAGACCUCAUAGUGCAGACGAAAGUGGUGACCCCGAAAGGAGUGAUUGAGAAAGGGUGCAGCGUGCCGAGGAUCUCGAGCGGGCCCGAGUGGGAGCACGUGAUCAUGGGCUCGGAAGGGUGCUUCGGUGUUGUUACUGAGGUGACCCUCAAGAUCCGUCCCCUGCCGCCGGUGGUGCGCUACGCGUCGCUGGUGUUCCCCGACUGGGACUCCGGCUUCCACUUCAUGCGCGAGGUGGCGCGGCACCGCCUGCAGCCGUCCAGCAUCCGCCUCAUGGAUAAUGAGCAGUUCCGGUUCGGGCUGGCGCUCAAGACCGAAUCCUCUUGGGGCGGCGUGUUCCUCGAGGGACUCAAGAUGGCGUACAUCACGCGCAUCAAGGGGUUCAACCCGCGCACACUCGCCGUCGUCACUCUGCUCAUAGAGGGCGCCACCGACGAGGUCAACGCGCGCGAGAAGAGACUCAAUAGCAUAGCGGCUCAGACUGGCGGCGUGCCGGCGGGCGCCACCAAUGGAGAGAGAGGAUACACGCUCACCUUCGUCAUCGCCUAUAUUAGAGACAUGGCGCUAGACUGGAACAUCGUGGCCGAAUCGUUCGAGACGUCAGUCCCGUGGGAGCGAACGCUGGCGCUCUGUCGCAACGUGAAGUGGACGGUGAGGCAGGAGUGCGAGAAACGCGGCAUCAAGUACUACCUCACCUCGCAUCGGCUUACGCAGACGUACGACGCGGGGUGCUGCAUCUACUUCUACUUCGGGUUCAACAGCGUGGGCAUGCGCGACCCGGUGGCCGCCUUCGAGGAGAUCGAGGAGGCCGCGCGCGACGCCAUCCUCGCCUCGGGGGGCUCAAUAUCGCACCACCACGGUGUCGGUAAGGUCCGCAAGAAGUGGUACAAAGAGACCGUCGGCGAACUAGGCCGGGAGCUUCUACUGGCGGCCAAGAAGACCCUGGACCCCGACAACAUCUUCGCACUAGCCAACAUGGCAUUCGACGAACACGACGCAGAUACAAGCCCGCCAGUCAAAAGCAAGUUAUAAGCCAAUCUGCGUAUGCUAAGAGUGAUUGAGUAGAUAGAAUAGCCUGAUAUUAUUUGGGUCCUCGAAAGUUUUGAAUAAAUGCCAAUCCGCGCAAAAUGCCCACAGUUUGAAGUUUUGGAACCAUUCAAUAACGGAGAAAUAAUUCCAGCUGUCGGUGGCGCCAUCUACAAAAUUUGCAUUCUUUUCUUCACAAAAAAUGCUUCGGUGGAAAGUGUUAUUUUAUCCAUGUAGAUACUUUUAUUUAUGCAUAGUCCUGCUUUACAGCGAGCGAUGCUUCAGAGUACCUGAAUAAGUAAACAAAUUAUGCGCCAAAAUGUAGCUCUGUAACUGUAAGGGAAUUAGUGCUAAUAAAAUUAACUUUGUUACCAACUAAAUUUAAAUAAUAACUAGGUAGGAAGGUAGGUACUAUUAAGUCCAAAGUAGGUAUUAAACGAAAUUUUAUACCUGCGAAUAGCUAUUUAGAAAAGGUGUUAGUUAGAUCUAAGUUUUUACCUAUUUAUAUUUGAAAAUGAUGUUAAGUUACCAGAAAAUAUUACUUUUCUCGGUCGACCCUAUUUUUACAUUCCCAAUGUAUUUUAGGUAAGUACGUGCUGCUUGGCAUACCUACCAUAAGGUCAUUUAAACUAAGGCACUCUCUACUGUAUUAAUUAUAUUUCAAAUUAUUAAUUAAAAUGUAAUUAAAGCUAA